GAACCAUUCGUCGUGAAACGGCCGCAAACUGCCUCAUCCUGCGGGCGCUGUAUCCGCCGCGAUUGGUGGCCACAUGGAAAGACCAACAGUCUGGCACGCAACCUUGCCCGCCAAGGCUAGCACCUCUCCGAGCCUCUUAUCAGAAACUGCCGCAAACCUGCUCGGAUUGUACGCAUCUAGUUGUCGCGCCGUGGACAGCCCAGUCUAAUAUCUGGUCUGCCCGCUUCUAUGCGGAUCAGCUAUCGCGCAUUAAGGGAUGUAUAAAGGUCUGCUUCUCUGCUUUGGGGGCCUUUGCUCUUCUGAUUGCGCGUCACGCCCAUGCCCACUUCAUCUUGACGACUCUCGACACUGUUGGCUUUUUAGACGAACUCCAGGCCGAUGUCCUUGCGGUGGCUUCGUGCCCGACUACGACACUCAUGUCCUAAACGACUUCUUCGUCAGCGGCACUGCCGUUGGAACCAAAACGACUCACGCAACCGACAAUUGGCUCUAUCGCAUCACGCUCGACGAGACGGCCUCUGGCAACUGGACGCAGAUCAACGCCAUCGUCCAACAAACGGGCGCUGGUGACUUCUGCCUAUCCCGAGUAGUGGCGCCUGAUGAGUUUGUCGAUAAAAGGGGCGUUCUCAGCAUCGUGUCCGGCACGAGUCACGGCUACCUCUAUCAGUGCGCUGCAGUUCGUUUUGUCAAGGGAACCGCCCCCGUCAAUCCUGCUUGUAUUAAUGGCACAGCGGUGACGGGUGGCUUUGUAAACGAUCCCGAGUUGCAAUCGCUGGUUCAGCACGAGCCAACAGAGACAGUUAAUGAUGGUCACGACGAUCACGGUGGCCACGCCGAGACGCCAACUACCACCGCGGCAACUGGGAUAGCUUCGUCACUGAUCCCCAUGGGGUGGUUCGUACUCAUCGGCUUAGUAUCGAUGCUGUCUGGCUUUACUGUCCUCUGAACGCUUGAGACCGAUAUGCGUUGCCUCAAGGCCUCGAGGAAGAAAAGUUUCGCUGGCAUCGCCUAUAAAUAGCUUGGAAUGCUUUACUCUGCUAGUGCUGGCGUAGUGCUCGUUCACUAGAUGAUUCCGAUGAAAGGAGAACAACGCGCUGUACCCAAUCGAGAUCGUACGCUGGUGCUGUAAUAAACUGACCAGCCGGUUUUGGAUAUGUUUGGACCAUCAAGUAAGGUUCUGAUUGGCUUGCAGGUUGUUGUAGAAAGAUAUAACUUGAGGAGCUCAAUUGCUCCAAUUAAGAAGUUUUUUUUCUCGGAAAGGCUGUUAUAAUAUACCAAGCAUUUAUAACAUAGACGUCUAC